GCCGCGGGGCGGGCGGGGGGCGGCGGUGCCAUGGCGCAGCGCGGCGGGGAGCGCGAGCGGGAGCUGCAGUGGUCGGCGAGGAGGAUGGGGACCUCGCUGCUGUUGCAGCUGUCGGCACACGAGCGAGAGCUCGACCUGGUGUGUCUGGACCACAGCUACGCCAAGCCUUGGAGCGCCCACCCAGACGCCAGCGCCGCCCGCCCCGCCCGAAUGCUGUUCCUCACCCCGCGGCGGCAGCCCGGCACCGCCCUAGAGGCCGAUGUCCCCAUCGAUGUGGAGUCGGUGACGCCGACGCCGGUGCCGCUCUACGACAACCAGAAGGCGCGCAGCGUGAUGAACGAGUGUGAGAGGCACGUCAUGUUUGCUCGCACGGAUGCAGAUGCUCCUCCACCCCCAGAUGACUGGGAGGAACACGUGAACAGGACGGGCUGGACGAUGGCCCAGAACAAACUAUUUAACAAGAUUCACAAAGCGCUGCAGUCUGACAGGCUGGCUCGCUUGGCCAACGAAGGGGCUUGCAAUGAACCAGUCCUGAGGAGGAUAGCAGUGGACAAAUGUGCUCGGAGAGUCCGCCAGGCGCUGGCAAGCGUGAACUGGGACACCAAACUGAUCCAGUGGCUUCACACGACCUUAGUGGAAACCCUCAGUUUGCCAGUGCUGGCUGCUUACCUGGAUGCUCUGCAAACACUUAAAGGAAAGAUCCCCACUCUGAUCGACAGGAUGCUGCUCUCCUCCACCACCAAGACGGGGGCAGCAGGCGCUGAGGCUCUGUCUCUGCUGCUGAAGAGACCUUGGGACCCUGCAGUGGGGGUCUUGUCCCAUAAUAAACCAAGCAAAUUGCCUGGUUCCCCCCUCAUCCUGAUUGCUUCCUCUGGACCCUCCAACUCCAUGUUCCCCACCUCUCGACGGCACCGGUUCUGGCAGUCGCAGCUUUCCUGCUUGGGAAAGGUCAUCCCCAUUGCCACCCACCUGCUGAACAACGGCAGUGGGGUGGGAGUGCUGCAGUGCCUGGAGCACAUGAUUGGGGCAGUGAGAAGCAAAGUGGCAGAGAUUCACAACCACUUCUCUCACAAGCCCAUCAUCCUGAUCGGGUGGAACACGGGUGCCUUGGUGGCCUGCCAUGUUUCAGUGAUGGAGUACGUCACUGCAGUUGUGUGCCUUGGAUUCCCUCUUCUAACAGUGGAUGGCCCCCGAGGGGAUGUUGACGACCCCCUCCUGGAGAUGAAGACCCCUGUGCUCUUCGUCAUUGGUCAGAACUCCCUGCAGUGCAACAUUGAAGCAAUGGAAGAUUUCCGGGAGAAGAUCCGAGCUGAUAACAGCAUGGUGGUGGUGGGGGGAGCGGAUGACAAUCUCAGGAUAAGUAAAGCCAAAAAGAAGUCGGAAGGCCUGACCCAGAGCAUGGUGGACAGGUGCAUCCAGGAUGAGAUAGCUGACUUCCUGACUGGCAUCCUCACUCGAGCAGAGAGCCACUCGGGCUCUGAUCCCCGUGACCUGGAUGCUGAGAAGAAGAAGAAGCCACGGGACUCGACCAGGAGGGAUCUGUCCUUUGAUUUGCCCGAAAGAACCAGCAGGCCUGCCUCACCAGCAUCCAGAGUGCCUGCCUCGCCUUCAGGCUCUGAGGACCUGUCCAGUGUCUCCAGCAGCCCCACUUCAAGCCCCAAGACUAAAAUGGCUGCUGUGUCCUCCAUCCAGAAGCCCACCCCCAUCAGCACCGCACAGCUGCUCAAGAGGCAGGUGCAGAGGACAGACACAAUCCUGACACACAAGCAGGCCCAAGCUCAGUUUGCUGCUUUUCUGAAACAAAACAUGCUGGUGAGGAAAGCUCUUCCUCCUGGCACCUCUUCAUGUCUCUUUGUUCCAGUCUCCUCAGAGCACUCGGAAGGGGCUGAGAAAGAUGAUGUGCGCGUGCAGCUGAAGAGGCAUCAGACCCCCAGCCCGACCCAGUGCAGCAAAACUUCCAAACGAGCCAAAAUCAAGGUGACCAUUGUCUCUCACGGAGAUGCUGCUGGCGUGGGGAACGGAGCAGCCCUCAGUACCCAGGCAGAAAUUGUCGCAGGAAAGCCAUUCCCCAUGGCAGUCAGCCAGUCUGUGCCGGGUGGGAAGGAGCCCUUCGGACUGCUCGCCGCCUCCAAGCUGGGCUUGGCAGCAGAAAGCUCAGUGAGUCCUGCUCCAUCUGCCACCAUCCCCAGCAGCACGGCGCCCAGUGCUUUCCAUGCCCUGCAGAGCAGGCUGGUGGCCAGCAGCACCCACUGCAUGCAGGCCCAGCCAGCCAGUGCCCUCCAAGGAGCAGCUUCUGCCAGCAGCCUGCUGCAAGGGCUGAGCUUCAGCCUGCAAGACAUUGGGACAAAGUCAUCUGCCCUUCCUGCCAGCGUGGCUGCAGCUGGGACGCCAGUGCAAACCUCAGCUGUGAAGACACCCACGCCCAUCCAGAACCUGAGUGCCAUCACCACAGGCACUGGCACCAUAGUCCGCACCAUCCCAGUUGCCACCUCUUUAUCUGUGGGAGCUGCAGCCAGUGGGAAGCCCACGGCCAUUCACCAGCUGCUGACGAAUGGAGGACUGGCAAAGCUGGCCAGCAGCCUCCCUGGCUUGGCUCAGAUCUCCAACCAGGCAGCAGGCCUGAAGGCCCCCACGACCAUCACUGUGACACUGCGUGGGCAGCCCAGCCGGGUGACAACGCUUAGCCAGGCUGCAAUGGGGACCGUGCAGCCCCAGGGGGAGGAGCAGCCGAUGCAGACACAGGCACCGCAGGCUCCACACGGUGCAGUUGGGAACUUGGCCGCCCCAGCUUCCGGCGCCGCCUCUCCUGGCAAUCUGCUGCCUCAGAUGGAUCUCAGCAAAGCCCAGGCUGGUGCAGAGAUGGCUCCCGCCGACCCCGCAGCAGCAGCCCUAGAUCUGUGGAGGACUUCUGGAGGUUCAGGUUGGCUCUGCGUUCAGCGGGAGGACCAGUCUGUAGUGAAGCUGCUGGAGCAGCAGCAUGAACUGGGGUGUCGGCAUGGAAGAUUUCUCCAAGCUCUCUGUUCCGUGGUUGUUUGUUUCAGAUGCCUGGCAGCCUCACCGUAUCGCUGUGCUCCUUCCUCAGCCUGUUUAGGAGUGCUUGGUCUCCUGUUCCUCAGCUGAGGAGCAGACAGCUGCUCCUCAGCCUUCACUCUGUGUUCUCUGUGUUUGAGCCUGGUGUUUUCUUUUGGAGAGGUUGGCUCUGUGCUGGUGGUGAUUGUGGCACAUCCUGGUGAGCAGAGGGGCAUGGCUGCACAUCUCUGAUAUCAGCUGGGCUGUUCCAGGUUGGGAUCUUUAAUCAUCAGCGGGUCUGCAGGCUUUUCCCAGUGUUCUGAGCACAUCUAACCCUGGUGAUUGGGUUUCAGUGAAGUCUCCUUUCCCUGGGCUGUGGUUAUUGGAGAUGUGACUGAGGAGCAGGCUUAGAUGAUGGAGCCACCAUGUGCAAACUCUGCUGUUACCUUAGGGCACGAAGGGCUUUGCUCCACAAACCCUGAUGGCUUUUUGCUGCCGUUGGAGUGGAGCGUGACGAGCAUCUGAGCACCUGCAGAAGCAUCUGCCUUCACUGCUGGUGGGACAGAGCUGGAGAUGCCUGAGCUGUGUGAGAGUCUGGAGGGUGGGAUGGAGAUUACUUGGCCAAGGAAGAGCCCCAGGGUCCUGGCCCUGUGGGAAGGGAUCAUCCUGAGGAGGGCGUGAGACACUGAAGGGGGAGAGGAUUCUUGGAUUGGUCUGCAAAGGGAGCUCACAGGUUUGGGGCUCCCUCACCAUGCUCUGUGACAGUGCUUUGUUUUGGAGUCAUUCUGAAGACAAAAAUGAGACAGAGGGGUUUCCAAAAGUACAGCCUGAAACCCUGCAACUCUGCUGCUGGGGCUGCAGCCCAGGAUGGGCACCCUGCCCCACAGCUGCUGACCACGCUCUUCCCUUCUCUGCAGUGACCACGGCCAGCCCCAUGAAGACCCUGUACGUCAUGUCAGACGCCAAGCUGUCUGCGCUGACCAAGUCUGUGAUGGAUGAGGCUACCUCAGGCCCCCUCAAACUGC